CCUGGCCUUAUCUCCGGCCGCACGUUGCCUGUUGGUGACUAAUAACACAAUAACAUUGUCUGGGGCUGGAAUAAAGUUGGAGCUGUUUACCCCCACUCUAUAGGGGUUCAAUAUAAAAAGGCGGCGGAGAGCUGUCCAAGUCAGACGCGCUUCUGCAGCGGCGCUGGGGCGAGCGCGCACAGGGUCCUCGGUCCGCGCUGCUGUCCCCCACGCCACCGCCGCGUGCGCCCGCAGACCGCUCCCACUGCCGGCCCUCCUGGCAGAAACUUCUUUUUUCUCUCCGUUAAAGAGCACUUGGGCUGAAGGCUCACUUUGAGAUCUGAACAACCAGAAGCUCUUUGAGGGACCCGAAGCUAUUAUUUUUCUUCGUUUUCCUUUGGGUUCAGUUGGGAGGGGAGGACUUUGAUUCCCACUCCCUCCCCCCUUUUUUUCAGAAUGGAUUAUUUCCCCAUGAUUUUCUCUCUGCUGUUUGUGGCUUUCCAAGGAGCUCCAGAAGCAGCGGUCUUGGGUGCGGAGCUCAGCACGGGCUUGGACAGCGGAGGGGAGAAGCCCGCCCCCAGUGCACCCUGGCGGGCCCGCCGGUCCAAGCGCUGCUCCUGCUCCUCCCUGAUGGAUAAAGAGUGCGUCUACUUCUGCCACCUCGACAUCAUCUGGGUCAACACUCCCGAGCACAUUGUUCCCUAUGGACUUGGAAGCCCUUCUAGGUCCAAACGAUCCUUAAAGGAUUUAUUUACCACAAAGGCAACAGACCACAGGAAGAGAUGUCAGUGUGCCAGCCAAAAAGACAAGAAGUGCUGGACUUUUUGCCAAGCGGGAAAAGAACUCAGGGACCAAGACAGUGUGGAGAAGGGCUGGAAUGACCCUAAGAAAGGCAAAGACUGUUUUGGGUUUGGAGAAAAGUGCGUUCAUCAGCAGCUGGUGGCAGGAAGAAAAAUGAAAAGGUUGGACGCCAUCAGCAACCGCAUCAAAACAGCUUUUCGUGUCGCAAAGCUGAAGGCGGGGAUCUACACAGAGAGGCAAGUGACCCACAACCGAGCACACUGAUGGCAGGUCACCAGGGCCCGUGGCCGGCCCACCCGAAAGCUUUCUCCUCCGAGAAGGGAACCCUGUGGCUGAUUCUGCACUCUCUCCCCAUGGCUGGGAUCAGAGCAACAGCAUCCUCCCUGCUUUGACCGACCAUUUCUUGCUCCAACUGGCAGUGGACCAAUGCCCUCGCUCUCAACGUUCCAGGGAAGGUUAAGGAGUCCCCCAAUGCAUCUUCAUUUGCCUCCAUUGGUGAUAACUGCUUUCGUCUCUCCUCGUUUGAGGUGACAAGAGACCACUGAGAAGGCAGAGAAACACACAGUGACUUGUGAAUUCGGGUGUCACCAUCCAGAGGGAGGACAGGAGAUUCCACACAUGGUGGAAUUUCUAAAGAGGGUCUGAAGGGAGUGUUUGUGUCUCACUCAGGCGCCUGGCACAUUUCAGGGAGAAACUCCAAAGUCCAUGCAAAGAUUUUCUAAGGAAUGCACAAAUUAAAAACACUCUCGAAGGACACUCAAGUUAAAAAAAAAAAAGAAAGAAAGAAAGAAAGAAAAAUACUUUUUUUUUCUUUUUAAAUUCACAAAAUGCAAAACUAAAAGAUACUGCUACUACUGUAAAUCAGGAUGGGUUUGAUGAAUCUGAGUCUACCUCACCUCUAUUGCACUCUGGUAGAAGUACUCCCCCCCCAAAAAAAGAAGUACUUCCCCACCAUUAACUAUUGCCCCCCCCCUGACCCCGCUUGGUCCCUUCCUGCCAUCCCCUUCCCCGGAACCUCUGUAGUCCAUCUUGGCUUCAUAGAUAUCUGGUCUACCCUGUCAGUAGUAGAUGUAACAUUUUCAUGGUAAUCUACUAGCUCUGAUCCAUAAGAAAAAAGAUCCUUGAAAAAGAAGUUUUCCUUACCUUGAUCCUUGGAAACACAAUGGUCUAGGGUUGUUUAUGAAAGACAUUGCAAACUAAAUAUUCGGUUAUGCUUUAAAGCAGUAAAAUUAUUUUCCUUUAUGUAACUGGCUAAUGGAAGAGGUUGGAUUAAAUUUUGAUGUACUUAUUUUUUUAUAGAUAUUUAUAUUCAAAACAAUUUAUUCCUUAUAUUUACCAUGUUAAAUAUACGUUUGGGCAGGCCAUAUUGGUCUAUGUAUUUUUUUUUUAAAUGUAUUUCUGAAUGAAAUUGAGAAAAUGCUUUGUUUUGCCUGUCAAGGUAAUGACUUUAGAAAAUAAAUAUUUUUUUCCCCUAC